AUGGUAAAAAUAAGUUCACUGCUGCUGACUGGCCUCAUGGCAGGAUUGACCUUGUCGACAGAGACCUUGGCCAGGGAUCACAAUGAGUUGCCAAAAGGGUUAUACCUGAGUGGUAGUAUGAUAUGCAACGAUGUUACCUGCUAUCCCAAAAUUUUCGAGCCAACUGAUAUAUGGACUGAGAUAAAACCUGGUCAACAGUUGCCUGGUGGAUUAGAUCUAAGAAUGAACCUUGAGACAGGUCUGAAGGAGGCAAAACUGGCAAAUGGCGAUGUUGAUCAGAUCGUUCCUGCGAUUGUUGAAACGGAAAGAGAUUCUAAGACAAUGAACCAUGAGUUUACUAAGGAUUUUGACUUUAUCAGAGACCUUAUGCAGUCGGAUCUCACUGAGUCCCAAGUCAAGGCUAUAGAAGCAAAACUCGACGAUUUAAUGGAAUUUGCACACGAUUAUAAACAUGGAUUCGAUAUUAUAAACCAUGAAUUUGGACUGUUGAGAAAUAUCAGUUUUAGCAAGCGAUUGCCUAAUACUUUGAGAGAAUUGGGCACAAGAACGAUUAUCAGUUGUACCAGGAAUAAUCCUCGUGUGGUAGAAAGUGUCAAUGUACAACAUCCACAUUUCCUGAGCGAAGUUUUCCACGAGAUCGAGGAUUUGGUUGCGCAAGGUAAACUGAGCGCUAUAGACUCAGUAUUGACCAAGAGAUACCUCUCGUUGUUGGAUGAACUAAUAACCGAUGUCCAUACCUUUACUCAAUACGAGGUCGAUAUUCUGGCCAAGACAUGCCAAAUACCAGACAACCAAAUCAAAAUUGAAGCACUUGAAAUAAUCUCACAGUUAUUUGCAAAUGAGGGAAGCACGUUAAAGAAGAGAGAUUUAGAAACAGUUGUUCCAGACGUUCAGCUAUGGGUCAAUAACCUUCAGAAGAUGAUCCAGGACGAGAACACUGAUGAAUUACACACCCGCAAGUUCUUCAAUAGUUUGUACAACAUCAAGAAAGAGUACAGUGACGCAAAAGUCGACUCUUCGUUUUUGAAUUGGCUGUCAAAACAGACAGAGGAAAGAAAGAAACAACUGGAAAACAACCUACAAGAAAGAGACUUGGAGCAGGACUCUUUCGACAAGAGAAUGAUUGAAAGCAGGCAUUUAGUUUUCGGUAAUCCGAUGGCUAACAGAAUAAAAAUGUACAAUGAUGAACUAUGA